GUGUGUGAACCUGUGUGAGAGGGGGUGGGAGAGAACACAGGUUGACAAUGAUAAAUCAUUGAGCAUAUCUGUUGCUCUCAACAAACUUUCUCAUUGGCAACCUAACACAACUGUGUCCCAGAAGGGGAACAGACACUCAAAAGCAUUUGCACCGGUGAACUAUAUGUUCGUUUUUUUUUUAAGCCCGAAUAUCCUAAACAAAAAUAAGUGAAUCUAAUAAAAUCGAAGAGGAGACAAUCUAACGAAGGGAUAUACCCGGUUUCUUUCUCUCUAUUUGUCUAUCGCCUUCUCUCUUUAUUUAUCACCAAAUACUUGAAAAAAACAGAAUGGAUCCAAUAGUGGAGGUCGUCGCCUUGCUGCUUGGGUUUAUAGGAUGGGUGAUGGUGGGGAUAGCUAUACCCAACCGUUACUGGAAGGUUUCCACCGUUGAUGGGAGCGUCAUCACUACCUCCACCAUCUAUGAGAACCUAUGGAUGUCCUGUGCCACGGACUCUACAGGUGUCCACAACUGCCACGAGUUCCCCUCUCUGCUCGCCCUGAAUGGAUAUAUCCAAGCGUCUCGAGCACUAAUGAUUGCUGCGAUUAUUUUCGGAUCUAUCGGGCUCCUUGCAACCCUGAUCGGGAUGCAGUGUUCUAAAGCAGCUGGAGAGAACAUGGUUCUAAAGGGUAGAAUAGCUGGUGUUGGAGGUGUCCUAUUCUUGCUUCAGGGCCUGUGUACAAUGAUCUCAGUAUCUUGGUAUGCUUUCAACAUCACCCAGGACUUUUUUAAUCCAUUAUAUCCCGGGAUAAAGUAUGAGAUUGGAGAGGGCCUCUACAUUGGCUGGUGCUCUGCUGUUCUUGCUACCGUUGGGGGAUCUUGUUUGACAUGUGCCUGCAAACUGGGCACGUCUGAGAAACAAUCUUACCCCUACCAGCCCAGGGGCACAGUGUACUCUGGCAAUGCACCAUCGCAGAGUCAGGCUGCCACUUCCUAUGGCCGGAACGCCUACGUUUGAACAGAGUUAGAGAGCACACCAAUGAACCAUGGGGAUCACCUGUAUCCACCAUGUCCAAUGCCUGCAAACCAGACUCCAGUGCUAUACUAUGUAGGAUUGUGUAUUUCAUAUUUGGAUCAAUCACCUCAUAUUGAAGAUAUUAUGGCUGUUAAUUUGGUUGUGGUGCACUGUGCAAACAUGUCGCCUGUAAAAUAACGUGCAAUAGCUGAGGUGUCUAAUGACUGAUGCCUGCAUUAUAUACCAUUUUUUAUUUUCAUAAUGAUAUAGGCUCAUGUUUGCAUGAAAAGGGAUGAUUUGAUGAAACGUCUAGAUCUAGGGGAAUGUCCAAACCAGCAGAUUAAGACUGUUGAUUCUCAAGUACUGAUGUUAUGGAGAUGUUUUGUAUUGUUUGUACAGUUUUAUAAUGUCUGAGAUGGGUGUGGCUGUCUUAUGCCAUUCUGAAUGUUUGUUUUAGUUCUUUAGUUUCGUUUACAAUUCCACCCAAUAAAAAUAUUCUUUAAAUACUCAAA